AGCCUUGGAGAAAUUCGGUGUUUUUUUUUUUUUCCUCAGGAGGGAAACUUCGCAAGGUUCUGUCCCGAGUUCGGUACGGCUGCCGCCAAUCAGAAAACCGUUUAGAGGGGGGGAAACGUUCGACAAUUUUAAUUUUACUGAAGGGAUCGACCAGUCAUGUCUGGCAUAGCUCUUAGCCGCCUCGCACAGGAGCGAAAGGCCUGGCGGAAAGAUCACCCAUUUGGCUUCGUUGCUGUGCCGACAAAAAAUCCAGACGGGACAAUGAAUCUCAUGAACUGGGAGUGUGCCAUUCCUGGAAAGAAAGGGACCCCCUGGGAAGGAGGCUUGUUUAAACUCCGAAUGCUCUUCAAGGAUGACUAUCCUUCCUCCCCACCCAAAUGUAAAUUCGAGCCCCCGCUCUUCCACCCAAACGUAUAUCCAUCCGGAACAGUCUGCUUAUCCAUCUUAGAGGAGGAUAAAGACUGGAGGCCCGCAAUCACCAUCAAGCAGAUUUUGUUAGGAAUCCAGGAGCUUCUGAAUGAGCCGAACAUUCAGGAUCCUGCUCAGGCUGAGGCCUACACCAUUUACUGCCAAAACAGAGUAGAAUAUGAGAAAAGGGUUCGAGCGCAAGCCAAAAAAUUUUCGCCGUAGGCCUGAAGACUGACUUAAAGGAGUUGAUUUGACCAGGAUUUUUUUUUUUUUUUUUUGUGUUUUUUUCUUUUGUCAAAACAAAAAAACUAAAAAUGCCCCAGACAUCUCCAGCAGGACUGAUUUGAACCUUAAAUGCAUUUUGUGCCAUUUACUGUCUUUACCUGCUCGCCCUACAAGCUCUUCCCUUGACGUUUUGUUGGCUCUGGCUGUUUUUCUGCUGGCUGAGCUACGAAAUUGUCACACAAGCUCAGAACAAUUCAGAUUGUCUAUUUGGGAGUUUGUGGGGGGGGGGGGUCUCUAGGUGUGACUAACCUGGCAUAGUGCUAUGGCUCCACACACAGUUCUAAGUUCCUUUGGAAGUCUGAGAUUUGGUUCCUCCCCCCCCCCCUUAGAUCCCCCCCCCCACCCAUCUGGGUCUAUUCCAUCAGUCUUUGUAUUUUCCAUGGUUUUAAUGAUGUACAACUUGCUCUUUAAUGUCAGUAUUUCAACUGCUGUAAAAUUAAACUUUUAUACUUUCUAUAAUUACUCUAGUCUCUAGGUCUUUCCAGCCGCUGAUGCAGGUCUCGUAUACAGCAUGUUAUAUAUGAUAGCGUUUUUUGCUGCCUUGAGUAUGUUCUGCAGAAUAAACAGCCACCAUGAAUCAAAUAUCAGAGGCAGUUUUAGCUUAUGGCUGCAUCAGACUCUUCAUGUUUAUAUGGCGUUUUUGUUCAUGUAAGUGUUUAGAGUAAAUAAAAAUGUUUAUACAAAGACUG